AAAAAAAAUAGAAAAAGGAAAAGAAGGGUGGUGGGAAUCUUGAAAAAAAUGAACUGAACAUCAUCAUCAUUCAUCUCCCCGAUAUUCUCUUUUUCCUGCUGUUUCUGCUCCCUACUUACACACACUCACACACUACUACUCUUUUUCUCUUCGUUCUUUUAAUUCUUCCUUUAUUCCACCUCUACUAUAAUAUAUCUUCACCGCUCCAUAAAAAGCUUUUAAUAGCUAUGGAGGAGAUCCUAAAACCCAUACUCCACCGCCACCGUCGUUUCCGAACAACGGCGUCGGAUAGGCGGCGGCGGCGGCGGUGUUUGUUUCUAGACAGCUUAGUAAGCUUAGUAGUCAUGGUGUCUAUUGUUGUUACUGCGACUAUGGCGCAGCAAACCAUACCGACCGUCGUUCCGCCGCCGCCGCCUGCGUCGACGAUACCGACGCUGCCGUCGCCGACGUCGUCGUGGUGCGUGGCGAGGAGCGACGCGAGCGAUCAAGCGAUGCAGGCGGCGCUGGAUUACGCUUGCAGCGCCGGAGCCGAUUGCGCGCCGAUUCAGUCGUCGGGGCUUUGUUAUCUACCGAAUACGCUCAUUGCGCAUGCUUCUUACGCUUUCAAUAGUUAUUAUCAGCGUAAAUCCAUGGCCCCCGGUUCUUGUAACUUCGCCGGCACCGCCACCGUCGCCAAAACUGAUCCUAGCUAUGGAUCUUGUGUUUAUCCAUCAUCUCUGAGCUCCGCAGGAGGAGCAACCACGACUAAUGGCACUCCUGGAGGAACGACAGCUAAUCCUGGUGCAGGAUCAACAUCGACCAAUCCAGCUAUGAAUCCAUAUUUGAACACGCCACCACCUCCACUGUCGACAGGGACUACUCCAUUCUACGGCAAUGGAGGCUUGACGCCAGGGAUCGGAGGACCUGGAAAUGUUACUCCAUCGCAGACUUCUAGAGCAGCCUCACAUUCAUCUGUCUCUGUCUCUUUAAUACUUCUGUUGCUUGUAAUACCAGUUGUCUAUCAACCCUAAUAGUAGAUAUUUUGCCUUGGAUGUAUAAUGAAGACCUUAGGCUAGUGAAGUUUUGUUAGAUAUGGUCCUUCUCCCUAGCAAUUCAGUUGUGCAGGAAAUUUACUCUUUUUUUUAUUCCAUGUUAUUUGUAGUUGCUUUAGACUGUCCUAUUUUGAGGCCCUAAUUGCAGUAUUGGACAAAUGUUCUCUGCUUGUUGCAGUUUCAAACUCGCUGCAUCUACGAGAUCAAAAACACACAAAAACUGGAUAUCUUCUAUUCUUUCAUUAAGGAUUCU